AUGUCAAAAAUUAUUUGUUUGUCUUUUAUUUUGCUAAUAAAUAUUUUAUUAUUAUUAUUUUUCAAUUAUUGUGAAACAAAACCCAUACCCUGUAUGUAUGAUGCAGAUGACUAUCCCGAAUACAGAGAUUAUUUACGUUUAAAAUUUGGUCCUAACCCUUCUACAGACGAACUUCCAGAGUACAAAGAAUAUUUGAAAAAUCUACAAAAAUCAACGCAAUCUCCGUGCGAAACAAAACAAUAUGACCAAAAAUUUGAUAUUUUAGAUCACAUGAACCGAGAAGUUCAUCUACCAAUCCCUUGUUCAGAUAUUAAAGACAAUUCUGGAAACUACAAUUUUUAUUGCAUUGCGCUGAUACUUUUAUGGUUUAUGGUUAUAGCUUCAGCCAUACUUUAUCAAUUCCGAUCGAUUAUUAACAUAAAAAGCAAAAUUACAAGAAUACCAAGUGGAGAAACGUCAAAUCGAGGAGAAACCGAUGAAUACAAUUCAAAUUGAAAAAAUUUUAUAUGAGAGCCGAAUUACAAGAAGAUAUUUUAUAGGAUGUUUUGCAGCAGAUAAGAUCCCAAAAGAAAUACAAAAAUUUCCAUGUUCGAUGGUAGUCAAUCUCGAUAGAGCAACAAAUGAAG